CGAGGCGAUUCUAGAUACAUCAGACACUCGCGCGUCUCGACCUUCACUACCUCUAAACCACCCGCCAUUCUACUCUCGUCUCGUGAGGUUGACAAUUCUGUCUUCCUCAUCCUGCAUAUCGACCAGCGCAAUGGCAACCAAUGGCAACUUCGCUCAGCAGGAGCAAUACAAAGCUACACCCGAGUCAUACCCUGCGACGUCAGGUCCUGCGGAGUCCAACAGCGGCGGUAGUACUGGUGGUCAAGAUUUGUCAAAGGAUGAGGUUGGCUGGUACUUUGUUGAGCAAUAUUAUACCACCCUGAGCAAGAACCCGGAGAAGCUCCAUCUCUUCUACGGAAAGCGAUCCCAGUUCGUUUCUGGCCAAGAGGCUGAGGUUUCUGCGGUCGCAGUUGGUCGACCUGCUAUCCAAGAACGUAUCAAACAACUCGACUUCCAAGAUUGCAAAGUCCGCGUCUCCAAUGUCGAUUCCCAAGCUUCGUACGACAACAUCGUCAUCCAAGUUAUCGGAGAGACAUCAAACAAGUCUGCCGAUCUGAAGAAGUUUGUCCAGACCUUUGUCCUUGCCCAACAGCCCACUGGUUACUUCGUUCUCAACGACAUCUUCCGAUACAUCAACGAGGAGGGUGAGGAUGAGCCAGUUGAGAAUGCUCAAGAGGACUCUGCCGCUGCUACAACCGCAUUGGUUGAGGACGUUGAAAUGCCAAAGGCUCAACCCUCUACUGAGGAUCCCGUUGUCCCAGCCGUCCCAGCUUUGGAUGCUGAGGUUAUUGAUAAGAAGUUGGAGGAAACUGUUGAGGCAGAGCCAGAAACUGUCGAGGAGACUCCAGCUACAAAUGGCACUGAAGAAGCUGAGGAGGAACCAGUCGCUUCUACUGAGGUCGAAAGCAUCCCAGAGCCAGAAGUUGCUGCUAAGGAGGUCGAGGAAGAGAUCAAGGAACCAGAGAAGCCCAAGGAUCCUCUCCCAAGCCCUGCGGUCACCCGUGCUCCAUCUGCCACAAAGGUCCCAACUCCUCAACCUGCCGCUCCAGCUAAACCUCUCAGCUGGGCUGGUCGUGCCGCUGCCGCUGUUGGUGCUGCUCCCAAGCCUGCUAUCCCUGUUGUCGCCCCAAAGACUGCUACACCACCUGCGCAGACUCGCGCUGCUCCACCGACUUCUCAAGCCGCUAAGCCUACUUCAACUCCACAAGCCCCCAGUACUCCAAAUGAGAAGGAGAACGUCACUCCAGGCUCCGGGUGGCAAACUGCUGGUAGUGACCACACGAAGCGACAAAACAGACCACAGUCUAUCUCAAGCCCACCUGAGAAGGAGGGUACAAUGGGAUAUGUUCGAAAUGUUACCGACAAGGUGCAGACCGAAGAGCUACGUGGUGCUUUGGCAACUUAUGGUCAGUUGAUCUACUUUGACAUCAACCGAGCCAAGAACUGUGCCUUCGUCGAAUUUGCUACUCCUGAGGGCUACCAAGCUGCGGCUGCUGCCAAUCCCCACCAAGUCUCCGGAGAGUCUAUCUAUGUUGAGCCUCGCCGACCAAAGGCAGGAGCAUAUGGAGGCAACGGAUACUCCACCGGACGUGGAGGGCUUAACAAUCAACGAGGCCGAGGAGGAUUCCCACAACGCGGUCGGGGUGGUCAAGGCGCUCCUCGAGGUCGAGGCACCGGACAACCUACAAACGCAUGAUUUACCUACAUUUACCCAGACCCGGUCGUCGACAUCCCGCCAUGACAAACUUUACGAAAUCGACGCUGUACCAUACUUGGAGUUCGAUCUUCCUUCACGAUUCCAAG